GGUAAUAAAUUUAAAAAAAAAAAAAAAAAAAAAGGAUAAGGAUGAGCAUGACGAUGAGCAUGAUGAUGAGCAUGAUGAUACAGAUUCUUUAUACUACAAAAGAACAUUAGAUGAAGCAUAUGAUACAAGCGAUAUAUCAACAGAUGAAAUCUUGAGUAAUUAUAAUAGUAGUGAAGAUAAUAAUAGUGAUAAUAAUAUACAGAUGAAUAUAAUAAAUGAUAUUUAUUUAAAUGAAGAUAAUACAAAUUGCCUUGAAUGGAAUAGUGAUAUUAUAAAUGUAUUAUCUGAAGAAAUAAAGGAAAAAGAAAAAUUAUUAGAAGAUGAAAAUAAAGAUAUAUGUAAUAUGAAAAGUCGUUUUUUAAAAUUAGAAAAAUAUGUAAAUAUUAAGAAAAAGAAAAUAAUAAAUAUUAAAAAGAAUAUUGAAGAAAAGAGAAAAAUGGAAUUCGAUCAAAAAGAGAUAUUUAAAUGCUUACAAAUUAAAAAUGAUUUUUUAAAAAAAGAAAAUAAAAAAAUACAAUUAGAAAGAGAAAACAAUAAUAAGAAAAUUAUUGACACACAAAAUGAUAUAACAACAUGUGAAAAAAAUAUACAUGAUAUUAAAAAAGAAUUAAUUUUCAAAGAAAACGAAUUGAAUGAUUUCAUAAAUAAAAUCAAAAUUAUUCAACAAGAAGAAUAUGAAAUAGAAAAAAUAAAAUUAUCAAGAGAUAAAGAAAUACAAAAUGUAUCGUAUAAUUUAGAAAAAUAUAAUAAUGAAAAAAUACAACAAGAGAAAAAAUAUGAACAAAUGAAAAUGAAUAAUAUGAAAUUUGAUAUAGAACUUAAAUCAAUAAUAGAAGAAUAUUAUGAUAUAAAAAAAGACAUUAAAAAUAUUUCAAAUAAAUAUAUUUGUAUAAUGGAUAUGAUAAAAUGUAGAGAUAAAACUAUAUAUAAAUUUGAAAAGGAUUAUAGAAAAACAAUAAAUAAAGAAAAACAAUUACAAAAUAAAUGUCUACAUAAAGAAAAUCUUAUUAAUACCCAAAAUGAUAAAAAUAUCAUUUUAAAUAAUCAAAUUAAAAAAAUUCAAUUUGAUAUUAAUAAAAUUAGAAAAGAAUUAAACGAUAAACAAAUGUCUUAUGAUAAAACUAUUAUAGAUAGAGAUCAUUUAAAUAAAGAAUAUGAAUAUGAAAUAGUAGAAGUCAAAGAAAAAUUACAAGAAGAAAAAACAAGUUUAGAAAAUACAUUACAACAUUUAAAUGAAACCUAUAUAACAAUGUCUAAUAAUUAUCAAGAAUCCAAAAAUGAAUAUGAAAAAGAACAAGUAAAUAAUAUCGAAAAAAAUGAUUUAAUAAAAUCUAGUGAACAGAUUCUUGUUCAACUACAAAAUAAAUUACAAAAACUGUUAGAUGAAAUUAAAAAUCUAGAUCUAGAAAAAUUCCAACUAACUCAAACUUUACAAAUAAUCAAAAAUGAUUAUAUAACAUUAGAAGCAGAUGUUUUAGGUACACAAAUCAAAAUUAAACAAAUAAAAAAUAAUAUUAAAAAAACAGAAAAAGAAUUAGAAAGACAAAAAGAAAUGUUAUACAAAUUUGACUUCCAGACACAAGUUCUAACAAAAAAAAUAAACAUGAUCUCAGGUAUUAGCACAUUUGAAAAAAAAAAAGAAAACCAAAAAAAAAUCAUAUUAUUAGAAAAAGAAUUAUACAAAAAUGAAGAUAUAUAUAAUACAUUAAAUAAUGAAAUGAAACGAAUUAAUAUAGAAAUAAAAAAUAUUAAAAUAUAUCAAAAUGAAUUGCAACAACAAAAAAUUAAUUAUAAAAAUUUAUAUGAAAAAUUACAAUUGGAAAUUAAAUCUUUGGAAAGUACAAUAAAUAAUGAAAUAAAAGAAAAAGAAAAUAUUAUGCUUAUUGAAUUAAAUUUAAAAAUUGAAUUAGAUAAAUUAAAAUCUACUUUUUCAAAACAUGUAGAUAAUUUAAAUAUAUGUAAAAAAGAAAAAAAAGAAAAUAUGAAUAAUGCUAAAUUAUCUGAACAAGAUAUGAAUGCACAUAUGGAAUCUUUAAAAGUUAUCAUAAAAAAUAUUAAUGACGAAAUACAUAAAUUAAAUAUACAACUUUAUGAAAAAAAAAAUAAAUGUAAUAAUCUACAACUAAAAUUAAAUAGUAUAAUCAUAUGUAACCAAAAAAAUAAGGAUCAAAAAGAUAUCUGUCCUAAUGAAAAUCAACAUAUAUAUUAUAAAAUGAAAAUUGAUCAAGAUAUUAUUAAUUUAAAAGAUCAAUUAAAAAAAAUUAAUGAACAAAUAGACAAAGAAAAUAUCGAAACUAAAAAUUUUCAAAGAACCUUAGAUGAUAUCAUACAAACAAAUAAAGAAUUCAAUGAUAAUAUUAAAUCUAUAGAUCCUCAAUAUAAAAUAUUGUUAAAAAAAAAAAAUAAAUUAAAUAAAAAAUGGGAACAAAUAAAUGACCAUAUAAAUAUUCUAGAAACAAAUAUAAACGAUUAUAAUAAAAAAAUAAAAGAAGGAGAUUCUCAACUCAACAACAUACAAUUGCAAUGUGAACAGAUAGAAGAAAAAAUUAAUAAAAUUAAAGAAAGUAAUUUAAAGGUAGAAAAUAACAUAAAUGAUUUAUUUAUUAAAAUUGAAAGAGCAUCUAACCAAUUGAAAAAAAAUUUAGCACCUACUACCAACAUGAUGAAAUUAAAAAAUAAGCAAAUAAAAGACGAGCAAAAUAAUCUAUCAAACAAUAACAACAACAACAAUAAUAAUAAUAAUAAUAAUAAUAAUAACAAUAAUAUUAAUGUUAAUUAUGAGCCAGUUCCUUUGGAAAAACAUAUUUUUAAGCAAAUACAAAUGGAAUCAUUAAAAGAAAAAUUAUCUCUACUUAUGGAAUGCUUUAAAACCAAUGUUGAUAAUGUUAUUAUGAAGGAAGUAUUUAACCUUAUAGAAACAGCAGAAUAG